AUGGCUUCCAGCAAAGCCAAAGCUUUCACUCAAUUGAGUUUGUAUCGCAAGUAUAACAUCAGAGAUAUAGAAACGAAGUUUUCCAACUCUACAGGCAAUAGUUUGCUAGAUAAUUUAGAGUACAUUUCAGUAUAUCUCAAGGUUUUCCCAGAAACAGUGUCGGCUUUUGCCAAGGCGUUUACCGCUGGGAGAAAUAAUGCAAAGAAGACAAACUACGAAUAUCGCAACACAGAUCCAGGAGAUCUGGAUGCCACAAACUAUAACUUGCUCAAUGCUCUCGGCUCGCUGAAACGACUGCAAGAGUUCAAAAGAGGAACGAUCAAUCGUGAAGGAAGAUCUUAUUACAGUACCGGAGCUCCUAAUAGAAAGAUGCGUGAAAGCACGCUACCGUCAAAUAGGUUCACUCGUGCUGCUUCCAUCGCCGGCCUUCUUUUUGAUAUUGCAUCAUCGACCACAAAAGACGCUUUUAAGCGAUAUUUAAAGGGAGAAAAUACAAACGUUUUUAAAAAUGCUUUGUCUAGUGAUGAAAACAUACGACUUGUCGUUGACUGUUUAUGUAAGAUGAGGGGAACUGCUCUAAAAUUUGGUCAACUGUUGAGCUUGCAGUAUGAUAUAUUGCCGGAAAACUUUCGAAAAGCUUUAAUCAGUGCUCGUCAAGAGGCCGAUAUCAUGCCAAAAUCUCAAGUGGACAUUCUAAUGUCAGGACAGUUUGGGAAGUCUUGGAUUAAUAAUUUCUCAGAGUUCGAAUAUGAACCUAUGGCUAGUGCCUCCCUAGGACAAGCGCAUAGAGGAAAAUUGUUGGAUGGAACGGAUGUAGUUGUUAAGAUUCAGUUUCCUGGAAUAUUGGAUUCUAUUGACAGUGAUAUGGGCACUCUGAUGUUUCUUUGUACAAAAACAAAGCUGGUACCAGAAAAGUUUUUUGUAAACCAAUAUGCUAAAGAAAUGGAAGUAGAGCUCAAAGCCGAGUGCAACUACACAAACGAAGCCAGGUUCUACAAGAUAUUUAGACAAUUGAAACUUGACGGAUUUUUUGUACCAAGGGUCAUUCCUCACUUAUCAACUUCUUCCAUAAUUACAACAGAGUUUGUUAAGGGGUGUCCUAUAGAGGAUUGUUCAACAAUGUCACAAGAAAUACGCGAUUCCAUAGGGGAAAGGCUACUAAGGCUGGGAUUAAGCGAGAUUUUUAUCUUUGGAUUAAUGAACACAGAUCCAAACCCUAGCAACUAUUUAUACGACGUGGAGACAGAUACUAUAGGACUUAUAGAUUUUGGAUCAUGCAGGAUUUAUAAACCAGAAUUUAUAAAGGAGUAUUUCAAUCUCGUCCUAGCAUCUGUUAAAGAGGAUCACUCGGGGAUAAUAAACAGUUCGCUUAAGCUCGGAUUUUUACAUCCAGAAGACUGCCAGGAGACAAUUGAUGCGCAUUUGGAUUCAGUUUUGCUAACAGGUCAACCAUUCAGACAUGAAGGUCUUUAUGAUUUUGGCACGAGUUGUAUAGUAAAGAAAUGCCUAAAGAAUUCCAAAGUUAUAUUAAAGCUUCGACAUAGACCACCUCCUCCGGAAGUUUACUCAUUACAUCGCAAGCUUGCGGGUUGUUAUGUGAUUUGCAAGCUGCUUUCAUCUAAGAUAGAUGCAAAGACUUUAUUUGAAGAGAUUGCUUCUCUUUCCACGGUUAAUGAUUUGUAACAUG